AUGUCUUACGACCCUACCACCGUUGAACUCUUCCACGAAUUCCUUGUCUCGGAUUACUGCCUCGUCGCAGCCAAUAUUUUCUACAUCUACGACUGCCUCAUCACCCUCGACAUCGAGGUGGAGUAUUUUUGGAAGGGGCCGUUCACGGGGGCGAAAGCCCUCUUCCUGGCGAAUCGAUAUGUAGCCUUUGUCAACGUCAUCGUCAACUACUUCCAACUGAUACAGUUCAAAAGCGAUAAGGUACGACCUCUCGAAUCUGCUUCACUGAUUGUGAACAGCUGCGCGCUGUAUCAGAGAGCAGGACUGGCACUCGUCUACCUCCAGUUUCUGCCCCCAGCAGUCUUCUCCAGCCUGCGUGCAUAUGCUCUGAGCAAGAAUUGGCCCCUGGCGCUCUUCAUCCUCAUACUCUCCUUGGUCCCUUACGGAGUCAACAUGGCCGACUACGGCUACGGACUCACGGGAUUCGUUGACCCCGUGUUCGGUUGCCUGAACACUGAUGUGGAACCGUUGAACAUUUCUAUCAUACUAAUUGUCGCCUUCCAGGUAACGUGCCUGAUCACUUCAGACGUCCUGUUGAUCAUCAUUACCUGGAUCAGGCUAUAUCGGCGGCAUAUCUUUGCUGCAGUAUCCAGGUCGUUGACGUUCGAGAGAGUACUCAUUCAAAAUGGCACCCUCUACUUCAUCAUACUCCUGGUAAUGAACGUCCUCCAUCUGUCUUUCUCCAUGGCAUCUAUUUCCGGCAAUGGCGGUUAUAGCGCCGUCACGGCAUUCACCCCUGUCGUCACCAGUACCCUCGUGUCGAGGUUCCUCCUCGAUCUCCAAAGGGCGAAACACAAACCUCAACAUCUCGACAUAGACCAGUCUACGUUCAUCUUCACGGAGAGCUCUGGGCUUGCGUCUAUGAACUUCGCAAGCCGAGUAAUGGGCUCCAUAGGCGAGACGUUGGCCGGUGAUACGGAGGUCGACGCCUUCGAAAUCGACGCGCUGAAAGACAUGGAGCUGAGUCAGGUGGGGCAGUCAGCUGAAAGGAAGUAG